AGUGAGGUUGAGACGCAACCUGUUGAGCCAUAUUCGUCCGCUGAAAUGGCCAGCACCAUCGGCGGGUCACCGCCGCCAGAGCCCUGCUAACACGUUACAGAGCGGUGUCGCUGCAGCGGUAGAAAUCACGCCUAUCGAUCCGCCAGCAGCAACUCCUGCACCUCCCGUUGAUGGAACAGCUGCCGGCGGUACGAUGUCACCUGCUGGCUCACCGCCUCCACCUACCGAGCUACAGAAGACAGGUCAUGGAAGGCCGCCAAGGCGAGCGGCAACAUAGCCUCCUGAGUCGUCGAGAGGCACGAAGAAGGCGCGCAAAACACCCAAGAUCUGAUGCUCACAGACCACCCAGAAGGGUGCUAGGUGUAAGAACACAAAGGAUCGUGCUGAAGGGGAGAGAGAGUGGGUCUGUGAAGUUCACAACCGUAAGUGACUGUACUUGUCCGUCAUAUCGAGAAAGGCGGUUUGGUCUUUGCACGCAAUAUUGGUUAUUUUUCAGAUUGAACUUGAAGUCGGUCUAUGAAAGUCGUUAUCGUGAUGGUAUUCGUGAGGCCGUGAGGCCCGUGGUCGUGAUCUUUUUCUUCUUUUGUUGAUCAUAAUCUUAUCGUCGUCGUCGCAAAGGAAACAUAGAAACUUUUCGCAAUCAGGAAAUGGAGACAGCCAGCCCAAGAACUGAACAAGCAAAAUCGCCCACCCCAAAGAGGUGUAGCCCAGUGGAAAGAAGAAAGCCGGUCCAUGGUAAUGAUGAAGUCGCUGAACGCUCGAAUGCGCAAUACCAUCGCUAUGCAGCCGCCGGGAAGAAACAGAUAGCCAACGAGAGUCGUGAGUGGU